GUCAAGAAACCAAGCAGCCAGUCAACCACUGGCUUCCUGGCCAAGGAAGCUUACCUCUAUAUAUCAUUUCAAGAAUUCAAUUCAAUGAUCUAUCAAACCCUACAAGAAUUUCCGACCGUCUCUCAAGCACAUAAACCUUUGAGUUGCUAAUUUGAUAUGGCUAAUAAGGAAGUGAAGCUGUAUGGCGCAUGGGGGAGCCCAUUCAGCAGCAGGGUGGAGAUAGCCCUCAAGCUGAAAGGCGUCCCGUACCAGUUCUUCGACGAAGAUCUCACCAACAAGAGCCCGGACCUUCUCAGGUACAACCCGGUUCACAAGAAGAUCCCCGUCCUGGUCCACCGUGGGAAGCCUAUAGCAGAGUCUCUGGUUAUACUUGAGUAUAUCGACGAGACUUGGAAGUCCGCUUACCCUCUCUUGCCUGAGGAUCCAUACGAUCGAGCCAUGGCUCGUUUCUGGUCUAGGUUCCUAGAUGAGCAGUGCUUGCUUGCCUCGUGGAAAGCUGCUUCGAGUGAGGGGGAGGCGAGGGCCAAGCUGAAGGAGGAAGCCCAUGGUCACCUCAAGACACUCGAAGAGCAGCUCAAGCGCAAGAAGUUCUUCGGAGGGGACAGCGUUGGUUUCUUGGACAUCUCGGCGAACUUCGUGGCCCACUGGCUCGUCAUCAUUCAGGAAGCCGCGGGUGUCGAUUUGUUCACGGAGGACAAGUUCCCGACGCUGUGGAAAUGGGCAGAAGAGUUCAGGUGCUGCCCCAUUAUAAAGGAUAAUCUGCCUGAGAAAGAGAGACUGUCCGCCCAUUUCAAAGCCCGCUUCGGAGGCCAGAACGCUUCCAAGUAGGGCAGUACAUCGGCGGACUAUGCGUGUUGCCGGUUGUCCAGAGUUUCUGUUUUGGACCAUAGUAGGUCCGUUGAGGCCAGCCAGAUCCAGUCUGUAUUAGGCCGACUAUAGAAAUAAAGUGGAUGACGUUGAGGUCUAGUAAUAUCUAGUUUCGAUGUCAAUAACGUCAAACUGUUUCUUAAGGCUCGGCAUUGUAUAUCGGACCAUCGCAUGUUCAGUAAGCCAGUCUGCUGUUUCAUUUCAAUGAAGGCAUAGAAAGUGAUGUCUCUUGCUUUUGCUAUUUACAGUUGGAGCAAGAAAAUAUUUCUAUAAACAAUACAUGAGAUUAAGAUGCUCAA